UCGAAGCUCCGGCUGUUCGGUUUGCCAAUCGUCUGCACGAUGUUGAAGAUCCUUAUCCUCACAACCCUUGCGGUCUCGAUUGCUGCUCAAAUUGUAGUACCAGUGCAGCCUCAAGGACAAUUCUUUCCUCCUGGAUACCAAGACUACCCAUCACUGGCCCAGUCACCGUUGACACCAUUCAACGCACCUCUGGACGGAUAUUAUGGUUUCAAUCCUUACCUCGCACCCAACGGCUUUGGAGUUCCUCAACAAAAUCCGUUCGUAAAUGGUCCCUUAAAUUUACCAACUGGACCGGGAGUUCCUCCUCAAACAGCAUUCUUCAAUCCGAUCUACAACAACGCCAUACCCCCAGUUCCGGCCUUUGGUGGUGGUUUGGUGCCUCCUCAGAUACCGUUUCCUGGUUUCCAACAAAUUCCCCAAUUCCCACCUUUUGCUCAGGUGUCUCCUCCAGCAGCCGGUUCCCAGCCAGCCAGCCAGCAGCAAGUGGUUCAACAUGGCCGUCCCUUUUCGGACGCUACAGCAGUUUCGUUCACCCGUUUUCAAACGGGACCAAACAACUCCACCGGACCAGCACCAGUGACUGCAACGCAAGGAGUCAACAGUGGAGUUCCGCGACCGGUAGCGCCAGUAACGCCGUACGUGAAUGGUAACAAUGGCAACGGCAUCCUAACCGGAGGCUACGGUCCUGUCUAUGCCGCUCCCGCGAGUAACGCUUUGAAUCCGGCAGUUGCACAACCAAGUAGAAGCAGGUGAAAUUAACUGAAAGAAGAAAAAAUAAACAUUGAAUGUGCCUUUAUUUAUUUAUAAUAAUUCUGUUUCCUUAAUUCAACAAUAGUGAA